UAGCAUCAGGUCACAACGUUGUAAAGUCUCCUGAUUCACAGCAGCGAAACACAAACCUUAAAACAAAGAAUGGAUUCUUGGCUCAACAUGGCACUGCUGUGUGGACUUCUGCUGAUAGCAUCUCUUCAGACAACCAACGCUCUCAGAUUUCGACGGUCCAAAAGCAACACGAUCCAAACACUGAAUACAAAAAUCCAGCAUCUGCAAGCGCAUUAUAAAACAAAAGGCAAAGAAUGGUAUGGAAAGACUAUUUUUUUGUCUCAUCUGGACCAGCUGAAUUCUAAGGCUUCCUGCACUUGUCAGGGGCUGUUGCUUGAAAGAAUGCUGAAAAUCUACGAAGAAAUUUUCCAAGAGAUGCUGAACAAGUCUAAGGAGAAAGAAGUGACAGUCAAUACAAAUGAUGUUAUGACUGAGGCGAAAAGGUCUGGGGAGACAGAAGUGACAGCCAAUCUAAAUUAUAUUAUAACUGUGGUUAACAAUCUGAAAAAGAAGUACAGUGAAGAACAUAAAGUAUGGAGAGAGCUUCAGGACAUUCACUCAGUCAAGGUGGAAAAUGAAACAAUCCAAGGAGGAGCAUUACUUGACUUUCUCAUGGUGUUUGAUCAGGCCUCCAGAGAAAAACAGGUGCAAUGAGAAGAUCCUGUUUAACACGCUUUGCUGUUGUAUUAGCCUUAUUUAUUUAAAUUAUGUGGACAUAUUUAUUUAUUUUUUAUUGCAUGUACUCUACUACACCAUAACACAAAAGAACUUAAAAUCUAACUUAUUCUCAUCACAAGUGUGUUUGCAUCAGUUACAGUGUACUGAAAUUGUGAAUGUUGGUUUUUAACUGUUGAUUUAUUUUAAAUACUUUGUGAGCUUCAAAGGCUGAAUGGAUAAUUAAAAUAAAACAAACGUUGCAUUAA